UUUUGUUCCCACAAAUCGUUGAAUAACCAAGUUUUCCUAUUCGUGCCCACCAAGAAAAGCUUUUUUUAACACACUUUUGAUCAAAACAAGCUGACAGGUAAAUUAACCUCUCAUUUUUGUUCCCACAAAUCGUUGAAUUACCAAGUUUUCCUAUUCGUGCCCACCAAGAAAAGCUUUUUCCAGGCAAAUGAUCCUCCGAAUCGUGACUCUGCAGACAAAGACCAGUGCAUCAAUACAAAUAUUAUAUACACAAUAUCAACGAAAGGGCUGACAUCUGCACCUUCUCUCAAAUCGACUAUAAAUACAUCAAACUGCAACAGUGAAUAGCAAACAAUUGACCUCAGUAGCCAUGGCCAACGAAGAGCAGAAACCCCAACCUCUGCAGGGGCGCGUAGCCAUUGUGACAGGCGCAUCAGGGGGCAUAGGAAGAGAGAUCGCGAUCCACCUGGCCCUGAAAGGAGCCAAAACCCUGCUAAUUUACUCUUCAAAUCCACAAAAGGCAGAGGAAGUGGCGGCCACAAUAAACUCUGGCGCCCCUGUUACAGCAGCAAUUGCCUUCAGGGCCGACAUCUCCGAUCCAGCUCAAGUGAUCGGCCUCUUUAACAAGGCAGAGGACGCGUUUGGGCCAGUCCACAUAAUCGUAAACAGCGCAGGUGUAAUAGACACAAAAUACUCGUCCCUGGCGGAGAUUUCAGAACAAGAUUGGGACAAAACCUUCAACAUUAACUGCAAAGGGGCUUUUCUCUGUUCAAAGGAGGCGGCAAAGCGGCUGGUGCAAGGCGGCGGGGGGCGGAUCAUAAAUAUAACUACUUCGCUUGUGGGGGCUCUGAUGCCCGGAUACGCGGCUUAUGCGGCCUCUAAGGCGGCCGUGGAGACCAUGACCAAGAUUUUGGCCAAAGAAUUGAGGGGCACAAAGAUUACUGCGAAUUGCGUGGCCCCUGGCCCCAUUGCUACAGAGUUUUUCUUUGCAGGUAAGAGCGAGGCCGCCAUUAAAGCUAUUGAAGGGCGGAGUCCCCUUGAGCGAUUGGGUGCUGUGCAAGAUGUGGCUCCACUGGUUGGAUUUCUGGCCAGUGAUGAAGGGGAAUGGGUUAAUGCCCAGGUCGUUCGCGUGAAUGGGGGUUUAGUUUAAGCAGGAAGUCUGGUUUUUGUUCAUGUUUGUAGUAAUGGAUUUUUCUGCUCUAGUUUUAGUGGAUGCUCAGGGCUUUUGUGUCUUCCAUUGUGAUUACAUGAUAUUCACAGGAUAAUCCAUGGGAUUGAAGCCUGCUGCUUCUCGUUAUUACUAUUUUAUAUUAUGUUAUAAGGAGUUUGACUUUUAAGAUCUUAGAAUCAGAUUCCCGCAAUCUAUAAUAAUAUCAAAGUUAGAUUUUUUUGGAUCA